GCAAGUUCUCACGCGUCCUGCUUCUGCUCUGGCCCAGAGCAUGACCCAUUUGGAUGAAGCAGCACGUCGUCUGUCAAAAACUGGGAAGAGCCUCUACGCAGUGCUGGAGCUUCAGAAGGGUGCCUCUCCUGAGGACGUGAAAAAGUCCUACAGGUUCAAACCUCAGCCCCGUAGCCAAUGCCACCUGGGUAGGAAACUGGCCUUGCAGUAUCAUCCAGACAAGAAUCCAGGAGAUGCUCAAGCUGCAGAAAUAUUCAAAGAGAUCAACACGGCCCACGCUAUACUGAGUGACCCUAAUAAGCGGAAAAUCUAUGACCAGCACGGCUCAUUGGGAAUCUAUUUAUAUGAUCACUUUGGCGAAGAAGGCGUCAGAUACUAUUUUGUAAUAAAUAGUUGUUGGUUCAAGACUCUUGUCCUCCUAUGCUGCCUGCUUACUUGUUGUUUCUGCUGCUGCUGCUGCUGUUUUUGCUGUGGGGCCCUGAUGCCACCAUCUGAUGAGACGGUAAAGAGAAGAUAUCAACAAAAUGUCCAGACACAGCCUUCCAGAUCAGCCACGCCAAGUAAUUUUGGAAGAGAAGAAGAUUCUGACAGCAGAUAGAGAGGAAGACGUCAGCUGCCAGCAUGAUGGCCAU